AUGUCAAUUAUCGUCUCGUCAAGUUGCUUCUGGCAGCUGGCGCCUGGCUAUCUCGGUCCACGAGUCAUUCGGCGCAAGCCGAUUUACAGGGUCGACACCGUGGGAAAGGGUUUACCCGCUCAACCCCCCGAUUGCGUCUUCGAUUCGGAGCCUUACCAACCGCCUCCACUUUGUGUCAUUCUGCUAUCACAGUGUCCCUUCCUCUACCACUCCACCCUCACCAUGGUGCGGCUCAUCCUCUUCAGCGGCUCCCAGUCUCCACUUCCCGUGCGUUACGCUCGCCCCAGCAAGCCGACAUUGGCUAUUCCACCUCUGGUGCACCGCGCACUCCACACCGCGCUGGACGCCCAGCCUCCAUCGGCUCUCUUCGACAAGUCUGCCGACACUCUGGUGAUCCCGAAUCCCUCUGCCUUUGUCAAGCACACUUCAGGGGGUGACAAGGAGUAUGAGGUGACAGUCAAGAUUCAAGUUUCGGCUGCCACCCCCUCCUCUUACUACCAGACUGUCAAGGAUGCUCUGCAGGUUCUGGCAGACAGGAAGGGUCUCGCUGCCGCUGACAUCGUGCUUGUUGGGCUGCCCGAUGGUGCGAACUCUGCCAAUUGGGUAGACUUUUGGAAGUCUCUGGCGGACAUUCCCAAUGUCCAGCAGUGGGGUACGCUAAACAUUCUGGAGCCAACACUUUUGAAGCUCAGCGAUAUUCGGGUGCCGUUUGCCAACGAGCUCAACGUUAGCGACUGCGAGAAACUGCCCAAGGACUACACCACCUUUGCCGCUGCCAAGGGCAUCCAAGUUUGGGCCAGCGGUGGCAAGAUUGGAUCAGACCCUUUGCCAGCUGCGGACCUCCAUAACUUGCUGCAAGAGUUCCAGCCUGUUGUGGCAGAGCUCGCACCCUCGGCCAACACGUCGGCGCUUUUGAGCCCUAUCGGGUGCCAGGAUGAUGCGUUUGACGCGUCUGCCAAGACCGGCGUUAGCGUUAACUGGGUGUUGAGCUACACCUUGCUGUCCCGUACCCGCAACAUUGUCAAGGACAAGGGUUAUAUCAUUGCCGCCGAGUUGGUCUGA